UGUACUUGUAGAUGACAAAUGUGCAAAGGUUCCUUUACAAAUGCUUUUAAACCAUACGGCUAAAAGAAUUAUAGAGAUGCAAAAGGAAGUAUUUGCGACAAUUACGGGUAACUUCAUAUCAACGGAAAUGAUAUUUAGCUCCGGUUUUGACAGCAGCUCUGGUCAAUCUCAAUAUAAGCAAUCUUUCCUUGAUCAAAGUACAUCACGAAAUGCUGAUUCAUGUCUUUUGGCCACAACAGUGAUUCCCUUGAGACUCUUGAGUAGCGCGGGAGCCCCGAUUUGGAAUAAUUGUUUUCCGCAGUCCACAAGAUUUUGUCGGCCUUUAAAAUUAGAAUCCACGAGUGAAACUAAGGAAGUGAUAACAAGAGAAGCUGCUGACUUAAAUAAACAAAUUCAAGAGCUUGAAAACUUACAUGUUGAAAUCGAAGCUGAGCUCUUGACACGGAUCCAUUAAUUUCAUCUCUUCGCUUAAAUACACGUUUGCGCCAAAGGAAGCGUUUAACGCUGCCACUAGAAGUAAAGGAAUUAUUGUAUUGUGAGGAUAUCGGUGAAACCUGUGCGACUGAGAAUUUAGAAAAUAUGGAUGACGACGAGGGCGACGAGGACGAUUAUCCAGAAGAACUUGAACAGGAAAAUGCAUUUUUGGAUAAUGAAUUGUAUUUAAAUUAAAGAGUUUAAUAAAAUUUUAAUAUU